GUAAAAAAAGAAGAGAGUGCUAAAUAUAAAUUUAUUAUUAUUUCAGAUUACUGAAUAAUCAACAGUUAGCCGCCGCCUCGUAGGUGGUAGGUUUCCACAGCCUCCGGGGGCUUAACUAGCAAGAACAAGAAGUAGUUGUUAACUGACUGAAUAUCAGAAUAUCUCAUCCUUUCUUGAUUUCAUUUCGUUAGGUUUGGGAAUUUGGAUGCUAGCUUUGCUUUCACCAUUUCUCUUUCGGCUCCGUCCCUCCGACUGCCCGCCAUUUAUCAAUCUCCUUCUCCUCCGUUACAAGUUGAAUAGCAGCAGAUCAGCAACCUGGAUAAUAAAAGAGAAAGCAGAGUGUGAUGAGCUGCUUGUGGCAAUUUCCAUCAUAUGUAGCGGCAAUAUUUAGAACCAGCAGUCGUUUCACCCAGACCAGUUUGAAUAUAUGCUCUGCUGGCCCAUGGAAAACAAAAUUUGACUGCAAUCCUCAUAUUACGCAUCUCAGUUUACACUCAACUUUGACCACAUUUCAUGCUCGCCUCUACUCAUCAGGAAAGGGCAGCAAAAAUGGUGGCAGGGGUUCAUCUCGGCUGCAUCACAAGUUGAAACCAGAACCAGCGAUGGAGCUGGAAAAGAACGCCUUCUAUGUGGUGCGCAAGGGGGAUGUCGUGGGUGUUUAUACAAGUCUUAGUGAUUGUCAAGCUCAAGUUGGUUCUUCGAUUUGUGACCCUCCUGUCAGUGUGUACAAAGGUUACCAUUUGCCAAAGGACGCUGCAGAGUAUCUUGUUUCACGUGGACUUAAGAAUUCCAUCUACACUAUCAGAGCUGCAGAUUUGAAAGAGGAUCUUUUUGGGACGCUUGUGCAUUGUGCUUUCCAAGAUCCAGCAUCUUCAUUGUGUGAAACAGCUGCCAAGGAUACAUCCAAAAAAAGAUCACAACAAGAGUUUGAAUUGAAAAAUGUGGAAACAAUUGGUUCCACUUCCAUGUCAAAUGAUCCAUUGAAAAAGCAUGUCAAGUUAGAUAAUUUUGCUGCCGUCCAAGUAGCAUCUUCAGAUGGUAGAUCCUGCAUUCUUGAGUUUGAUGGUGCAUCGAAAGGAAAUCCUGGACAAGCUGGUGCAGGUGCUGUGCUGCGGACUGAUGAUGGACUUGUGAUAUGUAGACUACGCGAAGGUCUAGGCACAGCAACCAAUAAUGUUGCAGAGUAUCGAGCUAUGAUUUUAGGGUUGAAAUAUGCUCUUAAAAGAGGUUUUUAUAGGAUCCGUGUACAAGGUGACUCAAAACUUGUCUGCAUGCAGGUCCAAGGUUUAUGGAAGGUGAAAAAUGAAAACAUGGCAUAUUUGUAUGAGGAGGUGAAGAAACUGAAGGAAAAAUUUACUUCUUUUCAGAUUGAUCACGUUUUGAGGGACCUAAAUGCAGAGGCAGAUGUUCAAGCAAAUUUGGCAGUCAGUCUUCUUGAUGGUCAAGUUCAAGAGGAGUCUGAAAUUAGCUAGGAUAGCAACUCUUGGAAUAGGUCUUGCUGAUAUCUUGUAGAUUCAAGUACAAGUUUUUGGGGCUUAAGCUCAAUUGAUUGGAGGUUUUUCGAGGGGCGUGGCGAGUAUAUGAUUUCAUAGAUCUCAGUUCGCUGACAAGCUUUCAUUUUUGGUGGUCUGCUGUUUGAUGAGUUAUCUGACAUGAACAGUCAUAAAGUUGAUGAGACAGAAUAUGUAAUGCUUAUCUUUGCAGUUAUGGAGAUGUAUUUAUUUUUUAGGAAAUCCAAUUCAACAAAUUCUAUUCCUGUACACAUUAUUAGCAUAUGCUUCAUAUAGCUAAAGCUUCCAUUAAUUUCAACUACUUUGCCGGAUAAGUACAAUGAAUAAUGAUUUUUAAUUUUAAAUGAGAAAUUGUUCAUUAUUUAUUUA